ACUUGGUUUCUCGUCUUGACGACGCCUUCCGGUGUCAGCCGCUCCCAAACUGGAAAGGAAUUCACCUGCUGGGAAACACCGAGCAGAAGCUAAGCUAAAAAGCGCAGGAACAAGUCUUGUCCGGUGAAAAGGAAGAAAAAAAAAAGAAUAACUUGCUCUUUGACAGAUGUGACCUGCUGCUGUUUCCUCCCCGAGACGUUUACUGUCCCGCGGACGCUGCGCUUUCUCUAUUGAAACUAAUAAGCACUUCCGUGUUUGGACUCGUCCUGGGACCCGGACGCAAAGCAGCAUGGCCAUCGAAAUGAAGACCAUCCAGACGAAUGGGGCCGAGGUGACGGGUAAUGGAGAAAGUGUGGCCUGCACGAUGCCUGAUGCUACAGAGAAAGACGGGUUCCUCGAACAGACUACCAGUGCUAACCCGGACCCAGAGCCCUGCACACCACCAUCUCAAGGGACUCGGACAUCCACUCUUGCAGAGAUUUGCUCCAAAUCCAGGAUAAGCAGAGAGAGGCUCAAACUAUUGCUGAUCAUCGUGGUCAUCAUCGUGUUCAUCGCUGUUGUUUUUGUGAUUUCGCUGGCCGUGUGCUCAGCGAUCUAUGAGGACUCGGACGGGGACUUUGACAGUUCGUUGUUUAAAGUUCCUCGGUCCUUCAAUGGGAGCUUCCGCCUGCCCAAUCGGGUCUUCACAGAGGGACUUGUCACCCUUUCGUCCAACGAAAGCAAAGGACUCGCUGCUGAGCUUCAACACAAGCUGGCCGACCUCUACAAAUCGUCUCCUGCUCUGGGACGAUACUUCUCCCAAGCAGAGAUACAGGCUUUCCGGAACGGGUCUGUCAUCGCCGACUACCAGCUGAUGUUCCUCAUGCCUGAAGAGCAGCAGGAUCAGCUGCGAAACGUGACCCUGAGCAGGGAGAUGGUGUACAACGUGUUCAGACAGUUCCUGUACGACCUUGAGUCAGAAGACUCAGGGCCGAUGUACAUUGAACCAGUUUCCCUCCAUAUGUUUGUAAGAGUCUAAACCAACUGGUGUAUCUUGCUUUUAUAGAAAUACAAGUGUUUACUUUUUACAUAUCUGUGCCUUUUCCCAGACAUUAUCUGCAAACCAAACCGGUGAAGCACUCCUAAAAUAUUUGCCCACAGAGCAACAAACACAGCAGAGCUGUGAUCAUUUUGUGAAGUGAAGGCUGUUCAACACGCUGUAUGGUUAAAAAGAAGAAGGAGUGCAUGUCAAACAGGCUGGUUACGAGUUAUCACGACGUAUCACAUGUACAGCACAGAGCUGUGUGCCAGUGUGUGAGUUCGCAGUCUGUUUCCUGGACGUGAUCAUCUGACUUCUAAUAAGAUUACAGCUGUCAUUAUUGUUUGUGGUAAAGUAUCUGGUCACUCGCAGCCGUUCUUCGCAUGCGCUACGGGGUUAUUAUGGAACCCCCUCGAAAGGGUUGCUUUUCAUUUUUAUGGUAAAAACUUAACUAAUGUAAGAUAACAUGUAUAAGGCCUUUCAUUUUCUAAGAAAUGUUUUAAAAUACAGCUGUAUAAUUUUUUUAAUUACAUUAGAACUUGAGUCCUUUCAUCUUUUUUACGUUUGACUAAAUAAUAUAUGUAUUCAUUGUGUAAACAAGUAUAACGUUGACAUUUCAUUGGUAUUUGAAUGUACAUUGUGGGGGUUCUGACAGCAGCGCAUAUAACACAGAAAACAAGAUGAGUUUAAAUGAGAAACUGAUCUGAAAAGGGCCAAUUUAGAGUUAAAAAAAACUUCCCGUGUAUGAUAUAAAUCACUAAUGGUUUUGUAUUCAGAAUGAGACACUGAGCAUAUGGUCUGCUUGACCACCUUUAGAGGAACUGUAUUUACGCAUGCAGGUCUUCUGCAUGACAGUCACAUGCUGGUCAAAAGAUCAAGUUUAAACAGCAGCGCAUCGUUGACAUCCAAGAGAUUUCGACAGUUUAUUACUGUACAUACAAGCACAUCACGCCACCCGCUCUAUGCAACUUUCAAAUAGCGCCGAUGUGGGAAUAAACAAGGAUGAAGCAACUUGAAUUGACAUAAGCUGCUUGCGGGUGUUCAGGGUUUACUUGGGUCUCUGCAUGUCUCCAUUUAUGUUCUGCUAAAGCAAACACUUUUCUUUAUCUCUUGGCAGCAGUGAAAGAUCAAGUGCCCGGGCACAGCGCGGCAGCAUGCAUCCCGGUGGUGGGUACCUCAAAGGCUAAUGGGCGCUAGCUGCCUGGGCCACCUGAGGUCACUGGUGGCCCGUCUCCGCUGUCCUAUUUUCAGAAUUGUUCAUCGUCCAAAGGCAGAUUAACUACGAUAAGCCUGGGAGCUUCGAUCUCCCGCUCAAAACACCACCAGUGCCUAUCCUUUAUCUGACUCGUGAUCCGCUGAGGUUGGUCAUGCUAAACCACUAUAGGUCACCACUUCUAGUUAAACGUGUAUUUAUCCAUCCUGGAUGUGUGCAGGGCUGCUGUAUAUUCUAUUGACUCAAAGUCUGUCACGGAUAGAUGCAAAUAAAGCUGAUUUUCAUA